AUGAAGGGCUCAAAUCAUUUAGUCAUACUACCUUGUCAUUCGAUUUGGAAAGGCGGUUCAUCUUUGGGAUUGGAUCAGGACGAGUGGUGGUUGGCACCUUUCCAGUACGAAGGCCAAGACCACCUCUGUUUUCGCGAGCAUAUCGAAGAAUGUGUUCGUCAAUUGAAAUCUAAUCUGAACGCUAUUUUGGUGUUAUCAGGUGGCCGCACGAAGAAAGAAGCUGGCCCCAUAUCGGAGUCAGAAUCAUACUACAACCUUCUUAAAUUACUAGCAGCUGAUGAUUUAGAGCUGAUUGGAGAUCGGAUUGUUCUUGAAGAAUAUGCCAGAGACUCGUUCGAGAAUGUCCUCUUCUCGCUAUGUCGAUUCAAUGACCUUACCGAAUCGUAUCCACAGUACAUAUCAGUGGUAGGCUUCGAGUUUAAAAGAACACGAUUUGUCGAACAUCAUUUAUCAGAGGCACUCGGGUUUCCUAAGGAACGAGUAUUCUACAUCGGCAAUGCACCAUAUCCUGGAAAAGAGAGUGAUCAUACCCAGUACUUCGAAGACUUAGACCAGGCAGAGAAAAAGCACGCCUUAGACCAUUUCAAGAAAGACUUUUAUGGGGUUCGCCAUCCGCUUUCAACGAAGAAGAACGGACGCAAUCCCUUUAACUCUACCCAUCAGUAUGCGUUGUCAAACCCGCAAUUGGAAGUAGUACUUCGAGAAAUCAUCAAGUCCGAAUCUACAAUGGAAAACGACGAUUUGCGCGAGUCAAUUAGCUCAUCAUGGUACAUCAGUCAUUAA